AUGUCUGGGCUUGUUGCUGUGAACCCCAAGCCAUUUCUUUCUAGCCUUAUUAAUAAGGUUGCAAUAAUUCGUUUAAAAUGGGGGAACAUGAGAUAUAAAGGCACAUUGGUUUCAUUUGAUGAGUAUAUGAACUUUCUCUUGAAUGAUUGUGAAGAAUGGAUAGAUGGCACCAAGAAAGGAACUUUGGGGAAAGUAUUUAUAAGGUGCAACAACGUAUUGUAUAUAAGUAGAGCUGAAGAGACAAAAGAAGAAACUAAAGCUGAUUUACAAAAAGAUGAGGAAAUGAUAGAGUAG